AUGAAGGUGCUCUUCGCCACCGCCCUCAUUGUGGGCUCCAUCGUCUUCCUUUUGCUGCCGGGACCCUCUGUGGCCAACAAGAAGAAGAAGGGACCCAAAGUCACAGUCAAGGUAUUUUUUGAUCUCCAAAUUGGAGAUGAACCUGUAGGCUGAGUGACCUUUGGACUCUUUGGGAAGACCGUUCCAAAAACAGUGGAUAAUUUUGUAGCCUUAGCUACAGGAGAGAAAGAAUUUGGUUAUAAAAACAGCAAGUUCCAUCGUGUCAUCAAGGACUUCAUGAUCCAGGGUGGAGACUUUACCAGGGGAGAUGGCACAGGAGGAAAGAGCAUCUAUGGUGAGCGCUUCCCAGAUGAGAACUUCAAGCUGAAGCAUUACAGGCCUGGAUGGGUGAGCAUGGCCAAUGUGGGCAAGGACACCAAUGGCUCCCAGUUCUUCAUAACUACAGUCAAGACAUCCUGGCUAGAUGGCAAACAUGUGGUUUUUGGCAAAGUUCUAGAGGGCAUGGAUGUAGUGAGGAAAGUGGAGAGCACCAAGACAGACAGUCAGGACAAGCCCCUGAAGGAUGUGAUCAUUGUAGACUGUGGCAAGAUCGAAGUGGAGAAGCCCUUUGCCAUUGCCAAGGAGUAGAGUCUCAGGGACCCCAUCCCUCCAAGC